UAACCAAUCCUCAUUAUAAAUUACCAAGGAAGGACAGAAUACAUUCUCAAUACACACAAAACAAUAGCACAAUUCAAAAAAUGGAGAACCAAAAAAUCUCUCUCUCUCUCCUCCCUCUCCCAUCUUGCUGUUGACACAUAUAAAUCCUUCGACCAGACCAAAAGGAGAGAAUUGUGAUUUUGAAUUUGUUAUUUAAACUCUUAGAGGAGAGAGAGAUAUAGAAAUCAAAAUCAUAAAAUCAAAAAAAAAAAACCAAAAAAAAAAAAAAAGAAAUAACAGAAACCCCAAAAAACAUGGAGAAUAAGCAAAUUCAUCUUCAUCAUCUUCUUCUUCAUCACCAUUUUGGUUCUUCGAAAAAUACCUUAAAAUCAAUCUCUCUCUUCUCUUUGGUCUUAUGCCUAUUCAUCACCACCGCCGCCACCAAAUCAUCGGCUUUUAAUCUCUCAACCUUAACAUUUGAACAAGGCUAUGUCCCUCUCUUCAGUGACUUCAACAUCCAACGGUCGCCGGACGACAAGACCGUCACCCUCCUCCUCAACCGCUUAUCAGGUUCCGGGAUUAUAUCUGCUGAUUAUUACAAUUAUGGUUUCUUCAGCGCCAGAAUUAAGUUGCCGGCGGAUUAUACAGCCGGGAUUGUUGUUGCUUUUUACACAUCAAAUGUGGAUACAUUUGAGAAGAACCAUGAUGAACUAGACAUUGAGUUCUUGGGCAAUUCAAAUGGCAAACCAUGGAGAUUCCAGACCAACUGUUACGGAAACGGAAGUGUAUCUCGUGGAAGAGAAGAGAGGUACAGAUUCUGGUUUGAUCCCAGUAAGGAUGCUCAUCAGUACAGCAUUUAUUGGUCCCCUAAAAACAUCAUAUUCUACGUCGAUGAAAUACCGAUACGGGAAAUUGUCCGGCACCCGGCAAUGGGAGGAGAUUAUCCAUCAAAGCCAAUGUCAUUAUACGCCACAAUUUGGGAUGCAUCUUCAUGGGCUACAAAUGGCGGAAGAGAGAAAGUUGACUACAAGUACGAACCAUUUUCUUCCGAAUUCAGAGACCUUGUGUUAGAAGGUUGCAUCGUUGAUCCGCUGGAGCAAAUCUCCUCCACGAAUUGCACCGACAGGGUCGCAAGGUUAAUGGCUCAGCGGUUCGCCGAGAUCAGCCCCGAAGGACGGAAAUCCAUGAAAUGGUUCCGGGAGAAAUACAUGUAUUAUUCGUAUUGUUACGAUAAUUUGAGGUACAGUGUUCCUCCACCGGAAUGUGUCAUCGUCCCGUCGGAAAAGGAGAGGUUUAGAGACACUGGAAGACUCCGGGAGAAAAUGAGAUUUGGGGGCAGUCAUAACAGGCGGCACAACCGCGGCCGUGGCCGGAGUUCGAGACGGAGGAGCCGGCGUUCCGGUUCAGGAAAAGAGGCUGUUGCUGCUGCUGCUGCUAUGUGAUUAAUUUGUCUAGUGUAGUACGUACGCUAUAUUAUUAUCAUCUUAGAGUUACUACCACUAUUGUAUUGAUUUUGUGUCUUUUGAUUAAUUAUUGCUCAUCAUUUGAUCAUAUAUACAUGUAAAAGUUAUUGUGUUUGUAUAAACUCAAUAUAUACAUGAUUAUGAAGGGAUGGAUUUUGAUUUUGUACAUAUAGCUUUGUUGAUUCGUGCAGAAUUAUUAUUAAAGUACGGCAUCAGUAGGUGGUCUUUUGCCAAUGUUACUAAAAUGGAU